CCAUACAUUUUGUCACAUAAGUAGCAGGAAGAACUGUCACGCGUCACGUCAUCUAGAAAAAAAACAACCUGUCCACGUGAAAGAUCGCCACGUCUCCAACUUUAUAGCGCGAGCCAUAUUGCACACAAAGAACGAAUACAUUACCAAACCACUGAACCUUCACACAUGCCUAAGAAACCACGGUUUCUCCAGCGAACCGUACAAAUAGUUGGUAAACAGACGGCAAAAUGGAGGAAAUCCAUGAGUUCAGAAAACCCGCGCCAUCUUUGUUGAACCGGUCGAUGCUAUCGGGCAAGCUGUUCAAUUUAUUGAAUGGAGCAAGCACUACAGCACUUGUACCAUUUUUGCCGAUGUUUUUUCGCUUCCUUGGUCUUACAGCCUUUCAAAGUGGGAUUCUCGGGAGUGUUAGAUCGUUGGUCGGGUUUUGGAGCUCGUUGUUUUGGUUGAUUCUCGCGGAAAAGUUUGGCAAGCGAAAAUGUGUCCUUGUCAUCUUUCUACUUGGCGGUAUCGUUUUGAAUGUUUCUCUCGGGUUCGUGAAAAGCACACAAGCAGACUUUAUGGGCUACACAUGUCUUUAUAAUAACACGACUGAGAUGGGCAAUUCUAAAGAGAUUGCCAAAUCAAUUGAAAAUGUUUCAACCAAAGGAUCAAUUGCAUCUUUACUAAGCGGCAAGUCUAACAAUGAUUUUCAGGAGAACAGUUUACUUCGACCAAGAAAAGACAAAAUUCCAACUACGCCGAUGGAAGAUAUGAUUAUAAACGACUAUAAAAGAAGGAUUAAAGUUGACAAAACAUUACAUAAUGACACAAAUCAAAAUUCAUCCGCGAUGUCAAAAUAUAUUUACCAUGCAUUUGGUUUUCGCAUGGACUUGACAUUCCAAACUUUGCUUAUUUUAUCCAUGGCAGCGGAAUUUUUUGUGGCACCUGUCAGGCGGCUGUGCGAAAGUAUUUUUGCAGAUGUCAUGCACAGUAAUAAAGGAACUAAAGCAAGAAGCCAUAUCUGGAAUGGACUUGGAAAUUUGCUUGGGGCUGGAUUGGUGGUUCUUGUAAUUGGUCAUUAUCACUGUUCCUUUAAUAUCACAAAUACAUUCUACCUUCAUUUUUAUUUGUAUGCAAUAAUCGGGGCUGGAUCAUUUCUUUUUGCAUCACUUUUCCAUGUUUAUGAACCAAAGACAUCAAUGACCUUCAAGUUCUGCAAGACAUGUCGCUUUGUGACCUGUAAUUUGCAUAUCCUGUCUUUAUUGUCUAUCUUGUUCACCCUUGGCGUGGCAGAGUCAUUGACUUCAAAUUUUAUGAUGUGGUACUUACAAGACAUUAAUGCAUCAUUGUCAUUGAUGGGCCUUAUGAUAGCCGUCUCCGCACUCUCUGGCUUACUGUUAAAUUGUAUAGCACCCUACUGUAUCAAGCCAUUUGGCCACAAGUUCAUUAUAACUGUUUCUCUGCUUGCGUAUGGGGCACGGUUUCUCGCCUACUCAUACCUUAUCAACCCCUGGUAUGUUCUUCCAGUUCAAAUUUUACAUGGUUUCUCAUUUUCACUUGUCUGGGUUGUGUGUUCAUCAUAUGCAGCAGUAAUGGCCCCAAUUGGCAUGGAGAGAACUCUAAACAGCUUAAUGUCCAUAGCGUUCUGGGGCUUUGGGCAUGGAGCUGGGGGCAUAGGCGUGGCACUUCUGUACUACCAGUACGGUCCCGUAGUCGUUUUUCGCUGUGCCGCUGGCGUGUGCGGUGUGUAUGCACUCAUGUUUGCAGUGCUACAACUCAUUCUUGUAAUACCUGAAGGUAGCAAAAGUAGGCAAGGCAAACUCUCUGAAUAUCGACAAGUCACAUUUGACAUUGAUGAGCGGGAUAAGGUAAAUGGACAUGCACAGGAUUGGUUACUGGAGGCGUUAGAAGCAGCAGAGCAUGACAUUGAUGAUGAUGAUGAUGAUGAGGACACACAUUUUAUUAGAUGAUUAAAUUUUGCUUAUCUCAUGCUUUAUCUUUAGGCAAAUUGAAUGUUAAUGGCUUCCUGUUAAGUUAACAAUUUGAUUUCUAAGUGUAGGGCUGUAAGCUAUGGCUAGUUUUGCCCGUAUGUGUUUGACAGCUAGAUUAUAUCUAUUGAACCCUUGGUUAAAACAGGGAAGUGUAAGGUUAAAUACUAAAAAAAUAUGUAAAAUAUUUUAUUCAAAAUAUUUGUUAGAUAUCUGUAGCUAUAAUACCAAAAGUACCUUAUAAAAAGGAAGAAGUUAAAAUAGUUACUAUAAAAGUGCCAGUGGAAAGGUAUGUUGCUGUGUUUACUGUGAAUUUACAAGGCCUUUGAUUUUCCUGUAAAAUACCUCUUUCCUCUGUUGCAUGGUCACCAUUAAAAGCGAUUGGACCAGAACCCUUUGCGUGCCUGCCUCUACCCAUUGGUGACCCCCCCCCCCCCUCCAAGUAGCCAAAAAUACAGUAAAUGUAUGAGACAUUAUCUAAAAUACAAGAGAAAAUGCUUUUAAAGUGCUUGCUACUUUCAAACACUGAAGAAAAAUAACACGAAUUAGUUCUGUAAAACCAACAAUAGGAAAGUGAUAACAUUUCGAGACAUUCAGAGGAACGUUGUACACACUGCUUCAGUUUACUGUAUACAAUAUAUCUAGAAUCACAAAAUUCAAAAAAAGCCUUGCAAAUUUCUUUUCUUAUAAUAGAAUAGACCAAAGAAAGGAAACUUUCCGAUUUCACUACACUGACAGUUUAUUAUAUUUACACUUUCUAUUUCAAAUUCAGACUAGAACCCUAGAAUGGGAAUCACCGUGUGAUGGAUGGCGACGUGGAGGCAAACCAUGUCGGGUCACCACAAUAUCGGGGGAUAAGAAUGUUGUGUGGAGAACGUAGUAAGGACGACCAGAAAGGGGAUGCGAAAAAGUAAGUAGAGAAGGUAACAGGCAGCAAAUGCUACAUGGGAAAGUAUGAAGGUUGGUAAGGCGACAAGAUUAAAAGGAUUAUGAUAUGUGAGCUUAACAUAACAGACUGGAAGUGGUUAUGCAUGAUAAAGAGAAAAAUGUACAGUAACAAUAUGCAAACAAACGAGCAGGAGAGUGUAAUGAAAAUAAAAUAAACAUGUACAAA